UCUGGCUGUUGGUGUGUGCCUGCUCUUCCUUGGGACAUGUCCAAUGUAUCCAGUUACGCCCUUCGAAUGGCCCGGCUGAGUGCUCAGAUAUUUGGAGAAGUUGUCAGGCCAACUGACUCGAAAUCGAUGAAGGUAGUGAAGUUAUUCAGUGAGCAGCCUUUGGCCAAGCGGAAGGAGGUGUACAGCUGGUAUCCUCCCCACAACACCUACUACGCCCUCAUGAAUAAACUCCGUUACUUUGGUCUCUACAGGGAUGAGCACCAGGACUUUAAGGAGGAGAUGAGGCGAUUGAAAAAGCUCCGUGGGAAGGAAAAGCCAAAGAAGGGGGAAGGAAAGAGAGCUCUCAAGAAGAAAUAGUGCCACUUGGACAAUGUAAUGAACUACUCGGGAAAUGC